UGGCUCAGCUGACAACCACACUGGUCCACCCAGAAGAACAGCAUCGCAAGGUCAACCAGAAGAUGGGACUCUUCACCUACUUCAGUCUUUGCCUUCUUGGAAUCCUAAUUUCCAGUCCUUUCCAGGAAGCUGAGGCCGACACCUGUGCCAGGGAGUGGCUGCAAAACCAGGGCAACUGUUAUGCGUAUUUUGAUAAUAAAUUGAGCUGGCAAGAGGCUGAGAUUGAGUGCCAGAGCUAUGGCCGUGGAGCCCACCUCGCCUCUGUCCUCACCAAAGCAGAGACUCUCUUGGUGGCCGAGCACAUCUCUACUUACCAGCAAGAAAUAAGCAACGUCUGGAUUGGGCUCCACGAUGUCCGUCAGACCAGGAGAUGGAGGUGGGCUGAUGAAUCCACCUACAACUAUAAGGCCUGGAUGAAACACCAGCCAGACAACUACCGCAAUGCUGAACACUGUGUGGAGCUGAGACUAAGCACAGGUUUUAAGGAGUGGAAUGACGCUCCGUGCAAGAAACUCAAUGCCUACAUCUGCAAGCAUGAACUGUAAAGAAGACUGUUGUUCCCAAACUGUGCCUGUUCGGACGCUGGCUUGGUGGAUUUCUCUCUGAUCGCAUUAACCCCUCUCCCAUCCCUCAGAGUGAAAGACCAUCUCUCCCAUUCAUCCCAUCUCUGAAGAGCAACCUCUUUGAUCUCUCUCUUUGGCAUUUUUCUGUGCAUGCAGCACAUGGUGAUCUUAAUAAACUCUCUUUUAUGCAUA